AUGGCCAAUGAAAAUAAUGUAACUGAAUUAAUUUUCACUGGCCUUUUCCAGGAUCCAGAGGUGCAGAAGGUGUGCUUUGUACUGUUCCUUCCUGUGUAUGUGGCCACAGUGCUGGGCAAUGGCCUCAUUGUUGUGACAGUCAGCAUCAGUAAGAGUCUCCGUUCCCCCAUGUACUUCUUCCUCAGCUCCUUGUCCCUGGUGGAGAUCUGCUACUCUUCUACCAUUGUCCCCAAGUUCCUCACUGACUUACUUGCUAAGAUUAAAGCCAUCUCUCUGAAGGGCUGUCUGGCUCAGAUAUUCUUCUCCCAUUUCUUUGGAGUUUUUGAAGUCAUUCUGCUUGUAGUGAUGGCUUAUGACCGCUAUGUGGCCAUCUGCAAACCUCUUCAUUACAUGAACAUCAUGAGUCAUCAAGUGUGUCACAUGCUGGUGGCUGGUUCCUGGCUGGGGGGCCUCAUUCACUCCAUAAUCCAGAUCCUCAUCACCAUUCCAUUGCCCUUCUGUGGUCCUAAUGUGAUUGAUCACUACUUCUGUGACCUCCAGCCAUUAUUUAAGCUUGCCUGCACUGACACCUUUGUGGAGGGGGUUGUUGUGAUGGUCAACAGUGGUUUAAUCUCUAUAAUCUCUCUCCUUAUUUUGGUGACCUCCUAUGUCAUCAUUCUAGUCAACUUGAGGAACCAUUCAGCAGAGGGGAGGCGCAAGGCACUCUCCACCUGUGCCUCCCACAUUACAGUGGUCAUCUUGUUCUUUGGGCCUGGUGCUUUUAUUUACAUGAGACCUUCCUCUACCUACACUGUGGACAAACUUGUGGCUGUCUUCUACACGGUCAUCACCCCCAUGCUGAACCCCAUUGUCUACACUCUUAGAAAUGCAGAGGUGAAAAGUGCCAUAGGGAAGUUCUGGAGCCAAAAGAGAGCUGAGGGACCACAGACAAAUUAA